AUGGCGCGCCACGCGUCUGAGCCGGUUCUAGUGCCCUGGCGCCUGGCCCUGGAGGGCGGUGCAAGGGCAGCACUGACUGACCCGCAAGAUCUCCUGCAGCGUGCACAGGAGGAUGUGGGAGUUCACAUCCUCCUGGAGCGCUGUCCACGGGCUGCUGCGCCAGAUGGAGAUUUCGGCGAGCCCCAGGAGGUGGUGACCAUCCGCGGCACGAUGUGGCAGAAACGCCAAGCUGUCAGGGCCAUCAUCGAGCGUCUCCUCGAGCACCAGGGCGUGCCGAAUGGGUCUGGUUCUAUGCUUCUGCUGUUGCCGAGCUCUGGGUUCGAGUCGCUCCAGGCGCCCGAGCUUUGGUCGGGCCUGCAGCUGCUUGGAGCGCAGCUGUCGCUGCCGAGCCCUGGAUUUCCCGGCAGCCGCUUCCUCGCUCGCGCACGAGGCAACAGAGAUCAGAUUCUCUCCACGGCCACGAGAGUCAACACCCUCUUCCAGGACCUUGCAGACCACGGUCGUCUGAACGACCGGGACUUUACAGAGGAUCCGAGCUCUGUGCCCUCCUUGGCUUUGGUUCCACAGCAGCUGCAGCAUCCGCAAGCCCUCCAGGAAGAGACGCAGCGGAUGCUGCAAGAGCGCGUGCAGCAACAGCUCAGGGAGCUGAAGCAGCGCAGUGCAGGAACUGCGCAGGGCGCACCGGUGGCUCCGACCAUCCUCCGGCGUCCGUCCCUGCAGGAAGCUCAGCCUCCCCCAACGCCGGUGCCAAGCGAGCAACGGACGAAUGGAAAUCACCAUCCAGGUCCUCUGCCCCUGGCGCUCUUGCUACCGAGCCGUCUUGUGGAGGACUUCUUGGUGCCGCAAGACCAUCUCGCGGAAGUUGCCCGAAGGUGUGCCAUUCACUUGGACGUUGCCAGCGAGAAUCCACCUGGACAGCGACAGGUCUCCCUGUACGGUGAUCCUGGGAAAGUUGGCAUGGCGCUGCUGCAGCUGCAAAUGCGAAGCGCUUGCUGCCCCUGGAACUAA